AUCCCCAGAUUUAAAAAAUUAACCAAUCAUUUUAAAAAUAGUAAAAAGUUUCUAACCAUGGCCUCACGUCUCGCUCCCGUUCUCCUCCUCGUCCUCUGCGCCAUCGCCUCAUCGGCAACGGCGAGCAUCGUCGGAGGGCGAACGGAGAUCAAGAACGUGAAAUCGAACAAGAUGGUGCAGAGCCUGGGGAAGUUCGCGGUGGAGGAGUACGAUAAAGGGGUGAAGGGAGGGAGCAACGCGGCGGCGUUGGUGUCAUUCUCGAGCGUGAUAUCGGCGGAGAGUCAGGUGGUGGCCGGGACCAAGUACUACCUCAAGAUCGCCGCCGAGGAUUCUCAUCAUGCCCGCAAGUUGUUCGAUGCCGAGGUCGUCAUCAAACCCUGGCUCAAAUCCAAACAACUCCUCUCCUUCAAGCCUGCCCACUAAUUAGUGAAAUUUUUUAUUAUUAUUAUUAUUAUUAUUAUUGUAAUGUCUCUUAAUCUCUUGUCUGUUGCUGCUUUCUGGUUUAUGAGUGAGUACUACAGUUAUGUUUGUGUGAAUGAGAAUAUAUAUAUAUAUAUAUAUAUAUAUAUGUA